UCAGUCGCCGCUCUCCUCCUCGGCUGAUGCAUUGUCACCUGUCAUGCAGACACACAGAGACCUGGAUGUGAUGCGGGUCGAUGUGAGUCUAUCUGUCGUCCGCUGUGUGUGCCCUCCCCCUCGUGUGUACCUCCGCUGUCCUCUCCGUCGCUGUCGUCAUCCAUAUCAUCCCAACCGCCACCAUGGCCGUCGGAAUCUACACCACACACAAAGACAGACAGAGAUGAGAUGCCAUCCAUCCAUCCAUGGCCACCAUGUGUGUGUGUGUCCCUCCCUCCCCUGUCCGCACCGUCAUCAUCGUCGCUAUCAUCGUCUUCCUGGCCGUCGAAGACGUAUGGCGCCACUCGCCCCAGCGCCACACGAGCCAGCUGAGUCGUCUCCGGAAAGCGGUCCUUGAAGGGCGCAUCCUCACUCACACCAGCCACAGGCGCCUCGGUCGUCACGACACGAACCCAUACUGCAGACAAUCAGAAAGGAAGCCAUUUCACAUGUGACCACCAGAGCUGCCUAUCUGUCGGCCUGACCGAUGUUGUCGUCUCCCUCAUCCUCAAUGAUAAUGGAUGCGACGAAGUUGUGACUACUGUUGGUGAGCACCAGCUCUCGCACAUCACUGUCACAGCUGAGUGUGGUAGUGCAUCCGGCCACCGGUGUGUGGGGCGACUAGGUGAGGAGGCCAUCCAGGCGACCGCCACCAACACGCCUGAACCAACCACACAGACACACAUACACAAUCAGACACGCAUCCCUCUCGCCACUGAUGCCAUUGGUGUGGUACCUGUUGAGAUGUAUCGAUUUGAGAUUCGUGUGAUGAGUCCCGGUAAAGUGGGUGAGGAUCAUGCGCUUGGCAAAUGACGACACUGACGCAUCGGUGUACAGGAAGUCCGACUCCCACCUGCCGGUAUGGCCCGAGUAAUUGAUGCGGCUGUCCACUGGUGGGUCAUGCUGUAGUCGCUGCUGCUGAUACAGAUAGAAGUCGGCAGCGAGAAACGGGUCGACGUCCAGCUCGAAGUCGGGCUCGUCUCUGAUGGCCCGCACCUCACCAUUGGCAUGGCGGAAGAUCUGCAGGCGGCUGCCGUCACCGAAGUCGACGUGGCGGCCGACCACCAUGAGCUGCGCCAACACACGGGGGCACGAUGCAUACGCCUACACCACACACACACACAGAGACAGAGAGGAAUGGAUGAGGCCUCUCUGUUCUCUCCCGCCCCUCUGUGUGUGUGUGCCUUACCGUCUUGUUGGCGUGUGUGUUGAUGUCAUCGGCCGUGAGGUUGAGGGGCAGUGUACAGUAGCGGCACUGGCUGGCCCACUCAAUCACCACGCCGAUCUCCACCCAGCUCCCCUCCUCCAU